AUGGAACAAGAAUUUCAUUCAGAUUUAGUGGAUAUUAAAAAAGAAAAACUGGAAAAAAAUGAAGAACUUAAAAUUGAACAAGAAUAUCAUUCAGAAUUUAUCUUUGUUAAAGAAGAAAAAUUAGAAGAAUUUGAAAACGAAUGGAAUACACUAUCAAUCAUUAAAGAUGAAGUAUUCAAUCCAAGUGUUUUAAUGGAAAAAAGACAAAUUAAAAGUGAAAUACCAGACGACAACGAACCAGAACGAGCUUACGUCGAAGAAAAACCAUAUAAGUGUAAUAUUAGUGAUAAAAAAUUAAUUCAACAAAAAAGUGUAGUUACACGGAAAAAAAUACACAGCGGAGAAAAACUAUAUCGAUGUGAUAUUUGUGAUAAAACAUUUAAUAGACGAAGCAGUUUAAUUCGACAUAAAAGAGUUCACAACGGUGAAAAACCAUUUGUAUGUGAUAUUUGUGAUAAAGCAUUUUCUGAACGAAGCAAUUUAGUUUCCCAUAAACGUAUUCACAGUGGAGAAAAACCAUUUUCGUGUGAUUUUUGUGAUGAAACAUUUACACAUCGAAAUAGUUUUAUUCGACAUAAUCUUAUUCACACCGGAGAAAAAAAAACACGUAAUCGUUUAGAGAGUCAUAAACGUAGUAUUCAUAACACAGAAAAACAGCCUUUAUAUGAAGUUUUAGUCGAAGCCUUUUCAUCUGAUGCUUUAGAAGGGCAACCUUUUUUUCCGGAAUGA